UUAUUAUUUAAUAAGUACUCUGGCAUUUUGGCUCUUCUCCACUCCAUCUGAGGGAAUCCAGACACUCCCUAGUCUCUGGUCCUGUCAGCUGGAAACCAGGGUUGCAGAGGAAGUGAACUUCAUGGCCCACUCUGAACACUUGGCCCAGCAUCCUGCCGUUGGCUGGUGGGUUUGGAGGCAGACAUAUUUCUGUUCCAAUUCAGGUACAUUUGAGAUGGACAGUCCUCUGGUUACUCAUGUGCUGAACACUGCAGAUGGGGUUCCUGCAGCACGCAUGGCCCUCAGUCUGCAUCGUCUAGACACUCAGAGGGUCCUCUGGAACCUUAUCACUACUGGAACCACAGAUGAGAAUGGAGACUGUUCAGGCCUCAUCACCAGACAUGAUUUCACUGUAGGGAUGUACAAACUACGGUUUGAGUCUGGACAGUAUUGGGAAAGUUUGGGCCAGACCAGCUUUUACCCAUAUGUAGAGAUUGUCUUCACAAUAACAGACCUGGACCAGAGGUUUCAUGUGCCUCUACAUCUCAGCAGAUACACAUACAGUGUCUUCAGGUGUAGCUGUAGGCAGUAGGAGGCACCUGAUUCAGCUCACCAUCUAUUUGCAAAGACCUUCAUGGGCUAAUUGGUUUCAGUCGAGUCCUGAAGUGCCAAAGCAUUUUCCAGAUGUGAACAUCCUUUUUUUAUCGCCUAUGAUUCGAGUCUAGUGUAUUAACUGCUAAAAUGUUCAGUGCUGCGGUUUUGAGACCGGGAUUUUUGUGCCUCUUGUAAAAUUUCACAAAUCUGCAAGACGUUAUUACUUCUUUUCUACCUACAACGGAUUGUCCAUAUGAUGUUAGAAUGUGGCACUAUAUGUAAUUUAAUGUGUUUUAUAACUCUUACUGAAAAUAAUGAAUAAACAAACUUCUCUACUACACUGCGGUGUUAAUGUUUCUGCCUCACAGAGUUCACUCAUGAGUUACUAGCUGUGCGGAGUUUAUUUAUUGCAUAUUUUCCAUGUGUUUGUUUGUUUGUUUGUUUGUUUGUUUGUUUGUUUCCAGGCUGCUUAAACCAACUGC